CAGCAGCACAUUCGCUUCGAAAGGAUGACAAAGCGAGUAAAUACAACAAAAAUGGCUCAGUUCGGCUCAGAUGCAUUUGCGGCUAAAAGUUUUUGGCAUAAUGGGCCAGCUCCAGGCGCUUUUUACAACUUCCCUAACAUGCGGAGUUCAUCAGGUGAAGAGGAGAUGCAGAGAUCCCAGACGCCCAUCACUACAGGCACGUCUGUUCUGGGCCUGAAAUUUGAGAAUGGCGUCAUCAUAUGCGCCGAUACCCUUGGCUCCUAUGGCUCACUCGCCAGGUUCCGUGACUGCCAGCGAGUAAUGAAAGUCAACAACAACAUCGCCGUCGGAGUUGGUGGCGACUAUGCUGACUUCCAGUAUCUCAAGAGGGUCAUUGAUCAAAAGAUAAUGGACGAACAUAUUGCCGAUGAUGGAUUCGCCUUGAAGCCAAAGGCCCUGUAUACAUGGCUCACUAGAGUGAUGUACAACAGAAGGAACAAGUUUGAUCCCCUUUGGAACAACUAUGUUGUUGGUGGGAUGCAAGAAGGCGUUCCAUUCCUAGGCGCUGUUGACCUCCGUGGAAUGGCGUAUCAGGACAGGCACAUUGCAACCGGCUAUGGCUCGUACAUUGCACUGCCUCUGCUCAGAGAUGCAGCUGAGAAGAAUCCCAACAUGAGUCUGCAGCAGGCUAAGGAAAUCAUGGAAAAGUGCCUGGAAGUCCUGUACUACCGUGACGCACGCUCUUUCCCUAAAUAUCAAAUGGCUAUUGUGACUGCUGAAGGAGUGACUGUCUCUGAUGUUCUGGAGGUUAAGUCCAACUGGGAAGUGGCCCACAUGAUCAGUGGAUUCUGAACAUUAUAAUUAAGGUAAUAUUCCCAUCUUAAUUUGAUAAAUUUGGUUAAAUAAAUAAAACAAGUUGUAAGUA